AUGGACAAGGUUACGAAUGUUCGUAACAUGUCCGUUAUCGCUCACGUCGAUCACGGAAAAUCGACUCUUACUGACUCUCUUGUGCAGAGAGCCGGUAUCAUUUCUGCUGCUAAGGCCGGUGAGGCCAGAUUCACCGAUACCAGAAAAGAUGAACAGGAGAGAGGUAUUACCAUCAAGUCUACCGCCAUCUCCCUUUUCUCUGAGAUGGAGGACGAGGAUGUCAAGGAGAUCAAGCAAAAGACCGAGGGCAACAAGUUCUUGAUCAACUUGAUCGAUUCGCCAGGUCACGUUGACUUCUCUUCUGAAGUUACUGCCGCCUUGAGAGUUACCGACGGUGCUUUGGUCGUUGUUGACUGUGUUGAGGGUGUGUGUGUCCAGACCGAGACUGUGUUGAGACAAUCUCUUGGUGAGAGAAUUAAGCCAGUUGUUGUUAUCAACAAGGUUGACAGAGCUAUGUUGGAGUUGCAAAUCUCCAAGGAGGAGCUUUACCAGUCUUUCUCCAGAACUGUCGAGUCCGUUAACGUCAUCAUCUCUACCUACGUCGAGCCAGUCCUUGGUGACGUCCAGGUUUACCCAGAGAAGGGUACCGUUGCUUUCGGUUCCGGUUUGCACGGUUGGGCCUUCACUGUCAGACAAUUCGCCAUCAGAUACUCCAAGAAAUUCGGUGUUGACAGAGCCAAGAUGAUGGAGAGAUUGUGGGGUGACUCUUACUUCAACCCAAAGACCAAGAAGUGGUCUAACAAGGACAAAGAUGCCUCUGGAAAACCAUUGGAGAGAGCUUUCAACAUGUUCGUGCUCGACCCUAUUUUCAGACUUUUCUCUGCUAUCAUGAACUUCAAGAAGGACGAGAUCCCAACUUUGUUGGAGAAGCUUGAGGUUUCUUUGAAGGGUGAUGAGAAGGACCUCGAGGGUAAGGCUCUCUUGAAGGUUGUCAUGAGAAAAUUCUUGCCAGCUGCUGACGCUUUGCUUGAGAUGAUUAUUAUCCACUUGCCAUCUCCAGUUACUGCUCAAUUCUACAGAGCUGAGACCUUGUACGAGGGUCCAUCUGACGACGCCUCUUGUUUGGCCAUCAAGAACUGUGACCCUAACGCUGACUUGAUGCUUUACGUGUCUAAGAUGGUUCCAACCUCUGAUAAGGGUAGAUUCUACGCUUUCGGUAGAGUUUUCGCCGGUACCGUCAAGUCUGGUAUGAAGGUUAGAAUCCAAGGUCCUAACUACGUUCCAGGUAAGAAGGACGAUUUGUUCAUCAAGGCUAUCCAAAGAACCGUUCUUAUGAUGGGAAGAUUCGUUGAGGCUAUUGACGACUGUCCAGCUGGUAACAUUGUUGGUUUGGUUGGUAUUGACCAGUUCUUGCUCAAAUCUGGUACUUUGACCACCAACGAGGCUUCUCACAACAUGAAGGUCAUGAAGUUCUCUGUCUCCCCAGUUGUGGAGGUUGCCGUUGAGGUUAAGAACGGUAACGAUCUUCCAAAGUUGGUUGAGGGUCUUAAGAGACUGUCCAAGUCCGACCCAUGUGUUGUGACUUCUAUUUCUGAGUCUGGUGAGCACAUUGUUGCUGCCACUGGUGAGUUGCACUUGGAGAUUUGUUUGAGUGACUUGGAGAACGACCACGCCGGUGUUCCACUGAGAAUCUCUCCUCCAGUUGUUUCUUACAGAGAGACCGUUGAGGCUGAGUCCAGAAUCGUCGCUUUGUCCAAGUCUCCAAACAAGCACAACAGAAUCUACUUGAAGGCCGAGCCAUUGGACGACGAGGUCAGCGGUGCUAUUGAGAGCGGAAAGAUUAACGCCAGAGACGACUUCAAGCAGAGAGCCAGAUUGAUGGCUGACGAGUACGGUUGGGAUGUCACCGACGCCAGAAAGAUCUGGUGUUUCGGUCCAGACGGUAACGGACCUAACGUUGUCGUUGACCAGACCAAGGCUGUUCAAUACUUGCUUGAAAUCAAGGAUCACGUUAACGCCGGUUUCCAAUGGGCUACCAAGGAGGGUCCAAUUGUUGGUGAGACCUUGAGAGGUGUCAGAUUCAACAUCAUGGAUGUUACUUUGCACGCCGAUGCUAUCCACAGAGGUGCUGGUCAAAUCAUGCCAACCAUGAGAAGAGCUACCUUUGCUGCUAUGCUUUUGGCUGAGCCAAGAAUCCAAGAGCCUGUCUUCUUGGUUGAGGUUCAAUGUCCAGAGAACGCUAUUGGUGGUAUCUACUCUGUUUUGAACAGAAAGAGAGGUCAAGUUAUCUCUGAGGAACAAAGACCAGGUACUCCAUUGUUCACUGUGAAGGCUUACUUGCCUGUCAAUGAGUCCUUCGGUUUCACUGGUGAUUUGAGACAAGCUACCGGUGGUCAAGCUUUCCCACAAAUGAUCUUCGACCACUGGGCAACCAUGAACGGUGACCCAACUGACAAGUCCACCAAGCCUGGUGAAAUUGUCCACAACACCAGAAAGAGAAGAGGUAUGAAGGAGGAUGUUCCAGGAUACGAGGAGUACUACGACAAGUUGUAA